AUGGACGCCAUCCACUUCAUCCGCCGUCUAGCUGCAAAUGGUCCACCAUAUCCAGGUGACACACCUCGUCCGGUCAUGGACUUUCUGACAUCCAUCGAGGCAGACGGCAAUACUUCCGAAGAUGCGCGAACUGAUUAUAGCUCGCGAUACUUUCUGGAGGCCUUUGAGUUGUUCCCUAGGCAUCCACCAACGGCGGACGCCCCCGCCCGAACAAAGCUGACGUACACUCUCCUCCGCCUGGCCCUCUUCUGCGCGCGCGAGGCUUACCUUCUGGAUGGCAUGGACUCUGGGCGGGCAGACACACUGGACUACACCACCGCGGGCCCACUGUACUUGGAGCUGGACGACAACUUCGGAGACGUAUUGUCAAGUUUAUUCGAUGCGAGUCCUCUAGGCAAGCUUUUGGAUGAGAUAUGCCCCUCAUCCGACGACGACCCUAGUCCUUCCGUUCGCCCGGCCUGUGAUCCUCCUCCCGUUCGCCCUGCCUGUGACUCUCUGCAUUUCGAUUCCCAUGCCCACAAGGAAGUCUGUCGUGAGGUUCUCGAGGAUCGUGCGGGUCACCGUCGUCUCGUCCUUCCCAUCGAGACCCCACCCACACUUCCGGCCAUGCUACCCAUACGUCUCCGCAUUGCGAUCGGCUCGUCGCAUCGCUUCUGUUCGUAG